AUUUAUGCAUUGCGUUUCAAAAAAUUCUCCUUAUGUCAGUUUCUCUCGAGUAACUUUUCAACUAAUGAACACAAUUAUGACGUAACAUUGAAAUACGUUACUCAUCCCAAGUAUCAAUAAUACAAAAUAUUCUAGUACACAUUAUACCUAUUAAUAUUUUUCUAGUGCAUUUGGCAUAACAUAAUUGAAUUAUCAAAAUGGUUAUAAAAAAUGUAUUUAUUUUACGGCGGUCACAAUAAUAAUCCUCAAUUACUAUAUAGAUCAUCUCAGCAUAAUAAUAAUGAAAAUAGCAGAUAAGUAUCAGUAAAAAAUUUAUAUGCCGUAAUACAUACAUAUCUGUGUACAGGAAUCCUUUCUCUCAUUUACCUCGUGACAUAUGUAAAUAAAGUUAAAUAAAGUGCAACUAGUUAAAUUUCAUCAUUCGUCAAUGGAUUACUAAAUCGUUACCUAUCCACGUAAUGUUCUGUAAUCCGUCAUAAUAAAUCAAUAAGAAGUGAUCCCGUAGACUAUCGCAUACAUAAUCAAGGUGAUAAUACUCGAGAAAUGGCAACGGGAUCGAGUGACGUUUUAAAGAAGAAAACUUUUUCUAGGUCAGUGUAAUAGGAAUACCCUGAACGCCCUGCAACAGUCGUAAUCAGAGGUUAGGUCAUUUUACAUAAAGAUUUACUUGCGAAGGAGCUAUCACGAACAUGAGUACAAUUCUAGUAUUCAUCUACUACAGCAUCACAUAUAUGGAUCAGACACUGGCGCCAACAAGUCGUGUCUCUAGAGUAUCGCAGGAGACCUAUAAAAGGAGAUCAGUUCGACCGAAGUCAUCAUAGACAUCCUACAAGUCAAGUGAGCGACAAUCAGGCGUCAUCGAGAUCAGACCCAAUUUUAAAAUCGCAGAAGAGAUCAUCAUGAAAUUCCUGGUCGUCAUCUUCGCAAUGGCAGCAGCCGUCCAGGGGAGACCUGGUAUUCUGGGUGCAACCUUAGCCUACAACACGCCUGUGACCUAUGCACGUCUAGUGCCUGGUGCACCGUUGGGCGCAGACGGUCGCGUUGUGGACACACCUGAAGUCAGCGUAGCUAAAGCGGAGCAUGCUGCAGCUCAUGUAAACGAGAGGGUCGCCCUGGCGAAUGAAGUUGUCAAAUCUGCAGACGUCCUGACCUACGCAACACCGAUUGCAAGAACCGUGACUCCUGUGGUAGGUGCACCAGGUGUCAUAGCUACCUACUCAACACCCACUGUCGCAGUAGGUCCUCUCUCCGUUGCUGGCUCCUUGACCUACGCAAGGGUCAUUCCUGCUGCUCCUGUUGGUCCAGACGGACGCGUCGUAGACACUCCUGAAGUUGCUGUUGCUAAAGCUGAACACGCAGCUGCCCAUAUUAACGAGAGAGUCAGUCUUGCUAACGAGGCUGUAAAGUCUGCUGAUCUGUUAACCGUGAAUCCAGCCGUCGUUUCCACUUUGUCCGGUGCACCAGCCUUUGCUCUUAACAAACUUGUUUAUUAAAUUCAGGUAAAUCGAACUCUCGCUAAUCUGAUUCUUGUAUAAUGAAUGUUUAUGAUUCAAUAAAUGAUCCCAAGUA